ACCCCCGGCUCUAUUCCAAAUUUUCAAGCCAACCCCAAAUUUUCUCUAAAUUAAAAUCGGCCCCCGAUUCAAAAAACCACCAUUUCAACAUUUCCACUUCUGAUAUUUUUCUCAAGAAAAUAAAUACAUUUUUCCCGAGAGAGAGAGAGAGAGAGAGAGAGAGAGAGAUGACAAUGGACAGAGAGAAGGAGAGAGAGAUAGAGCUCGAAAGCGCAAUGUACACUAACUGUUUGCUAUUAGGAUUGGAUCCGCCGAUAAUCGGGCUCGGAGCCUCUAACGUAACCCCUCGUGUCGGACUUUUCCGUCAUUCUAACCCUAAAUUAGGCGAACAGCUUCUUUACUUCAUACUCUCUUCUCUUCGUGGCCCCGCUCAAUCCGCCAGAGAUUUCGAUAGAGUUUGGCCAAUUUUUGACUCAGCGCAAUCUCGUGAUUUUCGAAAGGUUGUCCAAGGCAUAAUCAGUGAGCUGGAAGCACAAGGAGCUCUACCUAGAAGUAAUUCCAGGGUUUCUUCGCUUGCUACUUGCUGUGGGCCGAGAUUUGUUGAACUUCUAUGGCAACUCUCAUUGCAUGCAUUAAGAGAGGUUUAUAGAAGGAAUUUUGCAGCGGAUGUUGCUUCUAACCCGUUGCCUGUGCCAUUGACUGAUGUUGCCUUUUCACAUGCUGCUACAUUACUUCCUAUAACAAAGGCUAGAAUAGCACUUGAACGGAGAAGAUUUCUGAAAAAUGCAGAAACAACAGUGCAGAGACAGGCUAUGUGGUCAAAUUUGGCUCAUGAAAUGACUGCAGAGUUUCGUGGUCUUUGUGCUGAGGAGGCUUAUUUGCAGCAAGAGCUGGAAAAACUACAUGACUUGAGGAACAAAGUGAAGUUGGAAGGGGGGCUAUGGGAUGAUCUUGUCUCUACUUCAAGUCAGAAUUCUCAUUUGGUUUCAAAGGCCACUUGCUUGUGGGAGUCUAUACUAUCUCGUAAAAGUCAGCAUGAAGUUCUUGCUUCAGGCCCUAUUGAGGAUUUGAUAGCUCAUCGGGAGCAUAGGUACCGCAUCUCUGGAUCGUCUUUGCUUGCAGCCAUGGAUCAAAGUUCUCAAGCUCCUUACUCUGAUGUCUUAUCUGUUCAGUCUGGGGAUUUGGCUAACAAAGACCAGAAUGGUGGAUGUAACACACAGGUCAAUGAAGAGACAUUCUCUCAGGUAGAUGAUAGAAGUGGAAGAGUAAACCAGACUGUUGAUGUAGCAGAAAUUAUCAGACGUUGGACGCAUGCGUUACAACGCAUUCAUAAACAUUCGCUUCUGCUGGCAAAAGCUAAUGAUGGAGAGGGUCCUGAUAUUUUACGAAGUGCACAAGAUGGUAGCACAAGUGGCCAUGCUGAUUCAUUGGCUACAACUCUUGCUGAGCAUCAGCAACACCUGGCUAGCUUUCAGGUGCUUAUUAACCAACUAAAGGAAGUUGCUCCAGCAAUUCAGAAGUCAAUAUCGAACUGUACAGGGAAAGUAAAUGGCAUUUCCUCAAAUUUGCCUUCCAUGGCCAAGCAUCAUGGUCAAGCUACCUCACCUAUUCAAGCUCAGAGCAGUGGAAGGACCUUGGAAAGUAGCUCUGAUGAUGUUGGUGACAUCACUCCAAAAAUGUCAAAGGUUCAGCUUGACAAGAUUUCACCUAGUUCUCCAGCUUUAAAGCUCCCGCAGUUAUUCAGCUUAAGCCCAAAUUCUUUGGUUAAAGGUGGAAACAUGCAAAAGCAGCAUACUUUAGCUCCGCAGACCAACCAAAUUGGAACUUUGUCUGAAAGCAGCUCCCUGGACCAGCCUCUUGCAAACAACGGCCUUGAUAACCCACCCCAAGAUACCGAUGAUUCUUUCGUUCAGAACUUGAAGAGAUCUGUUAGGCAAGCUGCACUAUCUGUGCCAUCCCACGAUUCAGAGUCAUCACGGGACAGUCAAUCUGAUGAAAGCUCGGAACAUUUCUUUGUACCUGUUUCAUCAUUUAACUUUUAUCAUGGGGGACCAGAGAAUAAAGUUGGCUCCAUAAGGAGUAAGAAAUUAUUUUCAACUCAAAAAGACAAUUCCUUGCUUGAUAGUCGUGCAAGCGAUGGUCGUAUUAGGAGUAACUAUGAUGACGUAUCACACAUGUUGAACAAGUUGGAUUCUCUUAAUGAUUAUGAUCCAGUAAACGUAUUUCUGUCAGCUGCUGCUUCUAGUAGUUCAGCUUCUGAUGGGCAGAGGUCUUUUUUUGACUUGGAAGAAGCACAGGAUCAGGUCUUUUCUCCUUCUUUUCUGAUGGGCGCAUCCCUCUUAUCCGAUUCUUACGAGGAUUUGCUCGCUCCACUUUCAGAAACAGAUACUGCCUUAAUGGAGCAUUGAGACUGGGGUUUGGACGAUUUUGUUGGGAUGGUUUUGCUUUCGGGUUCCCUCAGUUGGGAUGUUAUCUCCACCACUCUCCCAUUGAUCCCUAGGUUUGGAAGUAGGCCGCUGCCUCCACUGGAAUCUUUGAAGUCUUCUCGGCAUUAUUUUGUAAGUGUAAGAAAAGUUUAAUUUUGGUCACACUGAAAUUAUUUUAGUAUCGUAUUCUUUUAAAUAUUCUUCAUAAUAUAGAUCAUUAGAUUA